GCACACUGCGUAACAUGACAUAUCGCAUAUCACAUUCUCAGUUCUCACCCCCUAGUCCCUACCCUACCCAUCUCCGGAUUCUAGAUGAAUAAUGGAUGCAUGGUUCGAUCCUCACUAGUUGCGUAGUUGCAUUCGCCCUCCCACUAGCACCGAUUACCAACAAAGAAACCCCCCAGCAGCGAAGGCACUAUGGCGAUUCUAGCGAAUCCUUUUAUACAACCCUGGAACCGCAGGUGUACCGUGCAAUACCGACUUACUACCGACCGACAUGCUCGAUCCCAGGCAAGGAACUUCCAUCGAAGCACCUUGUUUUGCCCACUAACCCAACCCAAGGUUUCAGUGGACAGGGCGCCUGCAUCGAGAGGAUCCCGGUCAGGAUGAGCGAACCCAGUGUGCCCAGUUGUGCUCUAGCCUGCAUCUGCGCCGCGGAACUACCGUCCCCCAAUGUGUGCGCUCGUGCUGUGCGUGGGUUUCUGCGACGGGACAGCGACCGACCGACCGACCGACCGACCGAUCUCCUGAUUUGUCUCCGACCGCAGAAAGCCCAAUAUCGUCGCGUCCCAUGCUGCUGAUGCUUGUUGAUUGAUGACUGCGGUAAUCCCACCGCAGGAUCAUCCACUUACAAAGCGGGUCCGACCCCCAAGUUCUCUUUAGCCCAGAGAUUUGGUGGAUCCGGGCGCCCAUCUCAUCCAGCUUCGGCUCGCCAACGGUGCUGAUCCCAGUGGUCUACGCAGAAUUGGGACUAGUCUCG